AUGAACCGUCUCAAACAUAUACCAGACACAAACAAAAUAUUGAGUGAGUUAAAAGAAAAGAUACCUAUAGGUAAGAUGGAACGUAUACCAUUAGAUAAGAAAAAUACUGUCAGAGAGGUUUUGAAAAAAGCAGAGUAUAUUGACUGGGAUAGUAUAUCUGCUAGACUAUUAUAUAGUGGUGCUAUAAGAGUUCAUGACAUUGAAACACUUAUGUCAAAAGUUUUAUAUCUUAACUAUACAAAUGUUUUCAAAGAGGACAUAGAAAAAUAUAUUGAGGGUAUAGAGUUUGUGAGAUGUCGUUGGACAGAGUUGUAUGAAAAAUACAAAGACAAGGAAAAUGUUUUCUUUAUAGUAGACCCGCCGUUCUAUAACACAUGGGAUUUUCAAUACCAAGUAGACUGGACUUUGAGAGACUCUUUAGAAACUUUAGACGUUUUACAUAACCAUCCAUGCUUUUACUUUACAUCCGAUAAAAGUGGUUUGGAAAGUGUCAUGAGAUGGUUAGAGGAUAUACAUGACUAUGAGUUUAGAUACGAUAAGAUAGAAUAUGAGAGAGGUCCUAUAAACUGGAGAAAGUGUCAUAACAAAGAAAUUUUACUAGUAAGUAAAUGUGGUUUGAAAUCGGAUUGUUAG